AUGAGUGCUAGUGUUGUUUCAUCCACCCCGACAGUUCUCACCACCAUCACAACUACAGCAUCGUCAUCAUCAUCAUCUCACACGCCCCCUUCACCAAGGGUGGCCACACCCUUGACUAGCACUUCGGGAGCUCGUCAGAAAACCCAUCGAUGUCCACACGUUGGUUGCUCAAAGGUUUAUGGAAAGUCAUCGCAUCUCAAAGCUCAUCAACGGACUCAUACAGGUGAAAGACCGUUCCCUUGUCAUUGGUCCACGUGUGGCAAGCGAUUCGCCCGAUCCGAUGAAUUGGCUAGACACAUCCGGACGCAUACGGGUGAAAAGAACUUUGGCUGCCCAGUAUGCGGGAAGAAGUUUAUGCGCUCAGAUCAUCUCAGCAAACACGCCAAGCGCCAUCCCAAUUUCAACCCAAAUGUCUUACGCCAACGACGGCCUCCGUCCUCGGGCUCCAGUAUCUCCAACCUGCUGCUGGCCAAUGGCCUGAUCUCCGAUCCCGCGAACGAAAACCUCAGCCUCACUCCAACAGCGGAGCAGUCCAAACCCCCAAUAUUUGGAGCCAUCAUGGACCGACUUCAACUGGGCAGCGAUCGUGCCUUCCUGGGAGAAUCGGAUGCCAAUAACAAUAACCACAGUCAUCAUCGCAUGCCGGCGAAAAAUCCGUCUGAAAUCAGCCCGGGAGAGAACCACAUGAUCAUUGAUGAAGACGAAGAGGAGGAAGAGGAAAUAGGAGAGGAGGAGGAGGAGGAGGAGCAGGAAGAAGAGGUGGAUCAUCCCCACCAACAUCAAAUUCACAUUUCCCACCAUCGCCACCGCCACAGCCACAGUCAUGGCCAUAUCCAUCAUCAUCCUCGUCAUCAUCAUCAUCGUCAUCAUGGUUUACUCACUCAGAUCACCCAUCCGUCCCCUCGUUGCCAUCGGAACAAAGCGGACUCAGUGAAUUCCAGCGAUGGUUCCUCGUCGUCGGAAAACCUGAAUUCCGAUAAGAUGUCGGACUCCGUUCCUUCGCCAUAAAUUUUAGCCACAACACGUAUUCGAUGAUGACUGUACGUAGUGUUCUAGCCCAUUCUCCUAGUUCUAGAGUGUGAUCCUCAUGUUGUUCGACACACCCAUCAGGGAUUCAUCUAUUGAAUUUGGUUGAAAAGGGGGACCAAUAUAACAUCUGGUGAAUGAUCAGUCGUGGUUAGUACCUAAAUGUAGUAUCUCAUUACAUGGACGACUGUAGUUUUAUCCCAUGAAGAGUAGUGAACUUUGGUGGGGAACUCAAUGGCAGAUUUAUUCUUCUAAGAACUACUAAGCUCUUCAUCUUUUUUAAAGACAAAGAGGGUUUGAUCAAGCUUAAAAACAUUUGCCUAGAGUUUAGUGUAUCCCUUCCCAUAAAGCUAUAACUUGGUACCUCUCGAGUCCCAAUUCGUUAUACGUUGAAAUUUUAGAAAUAAUUUGGUGUUAUCCAAAGUGCAAAGAAAGUCUAACGUUUCUCACACCUUAAGGGCCCUUUCAGUACCCAAAUGUGAAUUAUAAGUAUUGUUUUCGUUGUACGAAAACUGAUAUAUCAUGCGAAGAAAAUAUAUCAUAUCACAUUG